CAAGAAUCCCCCUCAUUGUCAACACUGACCUUUGUCUGCAACAUGCACGCAAACCUAAUAACAUCAGCUUCGUGUUUGGAUCAAAACUGACCCUUUUCGGAGUGAAAGAAAAAUGUAUAAUCUUUUUUUAUUUUCAUUCUUUUUUCUAAUUUUGUUUAAUACCCUGAACUUUUGAACUUUCGGAUGUUUAUUCUAAAAUAAGUCAAAUUGGUGUGUUUUGCUUCAGGCAAACCAUAGAUUGCAGACAAUAAUGCAAGAAAAUAAGUUAAUUAUGAUUUUAAAAUUUGCCAAAAAUGUUGUGUGUGAAUAAAUACUUCAAAAAUAAUUAUGAAUCUGUUAUUAAAUCUGUUUUAGCAGAAAUUGUUGGCUUUCAGCUAGAUUAGUGUUUUUCAAUAUAUAUUUUUUUAAUUUUUUCAUACAUUUUUAUUUAUUUACGUAUUUGUAAUUACUUAAAAUAUAUCGAAUUACCAUUGCUGGCCAAAAGGCAAGUGGAUGUUUUAUUUUAAUUUUAUUUUGUUAACAUUUUAGGCUAUUUGUAAGGUGACGUCAGUUGUCUCUAAAAAAAUACACUGUGUAAUUUGGGCAAUGAGUAAAAAUAAACAAUGUUUUGUUGUUUUUGUUUUAAUGAACUUAUAAAUUAAGGCACAAAGAUUUUCAUCAGCAGCUCCAGCUUCACGGCAGCCUGGUAACGCCGUUGCCUCGCAACAGAGAAGUUUCUGGUCGGAGUACUUUCAUCCCCGGACGGCGUGCUUUAAUCAGCUGAUAGGAUGCAGUGAAGGAGAAGCCGCUGCUCUGGAUAGACCACGCAAGAUUCUGCAGGUGUCCCACCCUUCUCUCAAGUCUGGGAUGCUUCAAGAGUCUGCGAUGAUGGGAGCAAGAUAAGAUGGUUGAAACAGGAAGGCAUGCAGCACACAUCCUGCGUUGGGCUCAAACCCAAAAAAGUCAUAAAACGAGUGUUUGUUGGGGUCACAGGCUGAAAGCUGGUGAAUGGUGACCCGAGUGAGAUGCCUUGGUGACAUCUGACCUCUAACGGGGUGUGUGGCUGACCCUGGAGGAUGCAGCUCAACAAUGGAAGGCACGUGCCUCAGCCUAAUCACCAUGUGCUUCUGCGGAGCUCGGUCAACAUGCUGGGGAUCUGCGUGUGUCUCUGUGCGCUCUUCUCUCAGGUCGCUUCUCAGGUCACCGAGGAGCCCAUCUCCUACACAUGCACAGAGGGCUACAAGUAUGAUGAAGUCAGAGAGCAGUGCAGAGACAUUGAUGAAUGUAAACUAUUAGAAGAUGCCUGUAAGGGAGGGAUGCAGUGUAUCAACAACUUUGGGGGAUACCUCUGCCUCCCCAAGAAUGCGGUCAUCUAUGUUACUAAGGAGGAAAGUGAGCAGGUACCCCUGCCUGACCCAGUACCUCAAGUCCCUGCCGUCCCUCCACUUCUGCCUCAUCUUCCCGUACAUCUUCCAGGCGGUCAGGGGCUCUCCCAGUCUGGUCGGGCCAUUCUCUGUUCACCUGGUUUCACUGCAGACGAACAGAACUUGUGCAGAGAGAUAGAUGAAUGUGCAACAGGCCGGCACACUUGUGGACCUGAACAGACAUGCUACAACACCAGAGGGUCUUUCAUGUGCCAGUGUCUUCCAGGCUAUCUCAGGAACGGGGACCGCUGCGUUGAUAGAGAUGAGUGCACAAUGGGCCACUACUGCAUGCACAGAUGUGUGAACGUCCAGGGCUCCUACUACUGCGAAUGCAACGCAGGUUACAAGCUGGCCAACAACAACCACAGCUGUGUUGAUGUGAAUGAAUGUGACGUGCAGGCCCCAUGUCAGCAUCACUGCUACAACCUGAUUGGCUCCUUUCUCUGCCAGUGUGACCACGGCUUUGAGCUGGCAGCAGACAUGGUCUCCUGCGAAGACAUAGAUGAAUGCAGCCUCUCGAGUUACAUGUGUCAGUACCAGUGUGUUAACACGCCUGGAAGUUACGCCUGCGAAUGUCCACAAGGAUAUCAGCUCCAGGGAAACAGAUUAUGUCAGGACAUAAAUGAGUGUGAGACAGGAACCCACGAUUGCCAAGCUGAUGAAAUGUGCUGGAAUUAUUAUGGAGGCUUCCGAUGCUAUCCCAGAAACCCCUGCGAGUCGCCCUACACCCAGACUUCUGAAAACCGCUGUAUUUGUAGAUCUCAGACCGACUGUCAGGGCGUCCCGCCAUCUAUAGUCUACAAAUACAUGAGCAUCCAGGCAGACCGCGCUGUGCCAGCAGAUAUUUUCCAGAUCCAAGCCACCAGCAUAUAUGCCAACACGCACAACACCUUCAGGAUUAAAGCAGGGAACGAGGCGGGAGAAUUUUUUCUCCGGCGUUCUGGUAACGCGAGCGCCAUGCUUGUGCUGACCAAGCCUUUGUCCGGGCCAAAAGAGUACGUCGUGGAUCUGGAGAUGGUCACCCACCACUUGACCAUGAACUACCGAGCCAGCUCCGUUCUGCGACUCACCAUCAUCGUGGGACCUUACCCCUUUUAAGCAGAGCCCGCGGAUCUGGUUUCACUUCAACGCCUGUUUCAGCUCACUAUACUUCACACAGCACUUACAUGUAGAAUCAUCGGUUACCUGUCCUCUGUAGAUACUCGUGCAAGCUUCAGUCAAACCACACUCUGCUAUUCAGGGACCACUUCUAAUAGUGGUCUUUUUCAAAUGUUAAGAAGAUAAAGGGGCAAAGAGUAGUAACAUCUACUAAAAGAACAGAGUAGACCCAAAGUUUUAGCACAGAUGAAUUGACACUUUGUUUUUAAUUUACACGUCUAGCUGUAAAUAAGAAGCGAUAUCUUAUCCUCGGCAUCACAUGAGUUAUUUACUCUUUAUAAACUCCUGUUCAUAAUUCUAAGGGCUGCUGCACUGCAGUAUUUGUACAAGUUGUACAGGUUUCCACACACGUUUAUGUUUCCAGUUCGGCCCAAAAACAGUUAGAACUGUAAAGAGGUUGUAAUUAACCUUUGAGGUGAGAGAAGUUUCACUUGUGCGACAGCAUGGAGCAUGUACAUACCUAUGUUAGCGAUCUGUGUGUUUGUGUGUGUGUGAUGUCAAUGUGUGUACACAAUCAGAAAAUGUGAGAGUGAAACACAGAGGGGGAAAGAGUGAGAAGGAGCUUGUUCUCCGCCUCGGUUUGGUUCAGUCGCCUUUCUGUGAUGCCAUCCCAAAAGUCACAGAGGCAAUAACAAGAGAUGUUUGAACUUAAGAACAUGUACAGGAAAUUACAGCUUUCAUAACACACCUUGGCAAACUGGCUGCUCACUGGUGCCACACGUUUUCUCCAGAGGACCUUCUAACGCCGGUUCCAGUCGAGAAGCACCAGGCUGGCUUGCACGAGGAAGAUAAUUGAAGUGUUUUUGCCUUUUAGUUGGUUUAUGUGUGACACGAUGGAUUAUCGAAGCGGUAAAGUAACGCCACCAGACUUUUGGCAGACGUCGCACUGCUUCUCAAAAAUGUGUGUGCUCCGGCUCAUUGCUGAAAAACUGAAAACUAACCAAGCUUUGCCUGCAGAGCUUUUCCAAUAGGUGUUGGCAAUAGUGCUUUAGAGGUGAAGUAUAAACAUAAAAAUGUUAUCCUCAUCUAAUUAUUAAUGCUGUCAAGACUUUGAGAGAUAUGCCUUAAUUUUUCUCUUCUAUUUAAAUAUAUAUUUUUCAUAUGUACCCUGUAUUGAUUGUACUCUCAAAAGCUAUAUUGUCAAAUAAAAUCUGAUUGAAAAACA